CGAUGAAUAAGUUGGUAUUUGGUAUUUUGCACAUACUAAAAAUGGUAAAAAUUCAACUGGUACAAGUAUUGCACAUAUUUAAAAACUGCGAGAGAUCGGCACGUGUUAUGGGCUGUUGUUCAAGGAGAUUUUUCAACGCUGGGUCAUCGGAACAAGUUGAGUGCAAGGCCCGAACUUAUGCAGAUGUGAAUGUAAACAAACCACAGCAUUAUUGGGAUUAUGAAACCCACGUCAUAAAAUGGAACAAGUUGGACAACUACAAAAUUGGAGAAAAAACGGGCAGAGGAAAAUAUAGUGAUGUGUUUGAAGCAACCAACAAAACGAACGAAGAAAAAUGUGCUAUUAAAUUUUUGAAACCUGUCAAGAAAAAGAAAAUUAAACGGGAGAUCAAAGUUUUAAACAAUUUAAGAGGAGGGGUUAAUAUAAUCACUAUGUUGGCCGUUGUGAGAGACCCAGUAUCGAGGGCACCUGGUCUUGUAUUUGAAUAUGUAAAUAAUACACAUUACAGACAAUUGUAUCCCGUCCUAACUGACUAUGAUAUCAGAUUCUACCUCUAUGAGCUACUCAAAGCACUCGACUAUUGUCACAGUAUGGGCAUAAUGCACAGAGAUGUCAAACCAGGAAACAUCUUGAUUGACCAUGAAAACAGGAAACUAAGACUGGCAGACUGGGGCCUUGCAGAGUUUUAUCAUCCCAGUAUGGCUUAUCGGGUCAGUGUUGCAUCAAGGCAUUUCAAGGGGCCGGAACUCUUGUUGGAUUUUAAGUUGUAUGAUUAUUCUCUUGAUAUGUGGAGUUUUGGAUGCAUUCUAGCUCAAAUGAUUUUUAGGAAAACACCAUUUUUUCAUGGUAGUGACAAUUAUGAUCAGUUGGUUCAGAUAGUUAGAAUAUUAGGUACAGAUGAUCUAGCCCAGUAUGUAGAAGCUUUUCAAAUUCAGUCAAAAAGCAUAUCAAAGAGUAGUGAUAUAUGGAAACUGCAAUUUUCCAGGGAAAAACUUGUGAACUUUGUGAACCCAGAAAAUUGCCAUCUUGUGAGUUUAGAAGCACUGGAUUUAUUAGAUAAACUUUUAAGAUAUAAUCAUUAUGAAAGACUUAGUGCAAAUGAGGCAAUGGAUCAUGCCUAUUUUUACCCAGUUGUGAAAGGUGGUCAUUUUAGCACAUGGCAAUUCUGUUAAUGACUACUAUUAGUGUUGGAAUUUGUGUAUUUUAAAGUUCAAUGUAUUUGAUUGUAUUAAAAUGUUGUUUGCAGCUUCUUGAGAAGUGGAUUGAAUGACAACCUCAUUUGGUGUUCAGUCUUGCACACAUUCACGAUGUCUUUGUCUACCUCAUUAUUGUGGGUUGACCAUAACUUUUUUCUUAAGAAUAGAAAAGGCCAUGUAGCUCAUUCUUAAUUGACACAAUGGUUGGCCAUGAUCAGAAUGCAUGCUAUUUCAC